AUGGAACUUAACCGAGAACAUUUUCGCGCCAUAAUUUAUUAUAACUUUCAGAGACAAUUAUCGCAACAAGAAUGCCUUGGUAUGGAGAAUUCAAACGAAAACGUCGAUGCUGUGCGCAAACUCAUCAUUGAAGAUAGACAUGUGACAUAUCGCGAGAUUGAGGCAAAAUUAGUUUCUCGUUUCAUACCCCACCUGUUGACUGAAGAGCAGAAAGCAGCCAGGGUUAAUUGGUGUCAAAAAACGCUUGACCGUUUCAAUUUCGGAAACUCAAAAAAUGUGUACAGCAUUGUUAGUGGUGAUGAAUCGUGGAUUUACUGUUAUGAACCAGAAAAUAAACGACAGUCGGCUGUUUGGGUGUUCCAAGGUGAAGAAAAGCCCACAAAAGUCAUCCGUUCUCGAACGGGUCAUAUUGCAACAAUUCCUCUUAAUGAGCAAAGAACUGUUACUGCGGAUUGGUAUACCACCAUUUGUUUGCCAAAAGUCAUCACCGAGCUUCGAAAAAUCAACCCCGAAAAAAGAAUCAUCCUCCACCAAGACAAUGCAAGCUCGCACACAGCCCAAAAAACAAGGCAGUAUUUAACGGAAGAAAACGUGGAAUUAUUGGACCAUUUUCCGUAUAGUCCCCGUCUAAGUCCUAAAGAUUUCUUUACUUUCCCGAAAAUUAAAAACAGACUGCGUGGUCAAAGGUUCCUGUCCACAGCAAACGAGUGGGAUAAGUGCUUCGAAAAUUGGUUCGAGCGCAUGCAGAUAGAUAACGAUAAUAAUAAUGUUUUUAUAUGA